ACGAGCAUGCGCAGUUUCCUUUGUUGAGAGGACUACUUCGCACAAGCGCAGUUAAUAGGAGCGCGAGUGAAGAAACGGCAUGCUGGAGAAAAAACCGUCAGUCCGCUCUAAUGACCCCUCCCAGCGCCGGGUCUUGGACUCGGCCACCCGGCAGCGGCGGCUGAAUCGGCAGCUGGAGGCCUUGGAGAAGGACAACUUCCAGGACGACCCGCACGCCAACCUCCCGCAGCUCAAGCGCCUGCCGCAGUUCGAUGACGACGCCGAGACGGGAAAGAAAAAGAAGAAAACGCGAGGAGAUCACUUCAAGCUGAGAUUCCGCAAGAACUUCCAGGCACUUCUGGAGGAGCAGAACCUGAGCUCCAGUGAGGGCCCCAACUACCUGACGUGUUGUGCGCCGUCCUCUAACUUCCCUCAGCGCCACUUCUGCUCUGUGUGCGGCUUCCCCUCUAAUUACUGCUGUGUGUCCUGCGGGGCGCGCUAUUGCUGCAUUAAGUGUCUGGGGACGCAUCAGGAGACCAGGUGUCUGAAGUGGACGGUGUGACGCUCUGCGGACGUGUAAUUACUGUAAAUAGGAGAGGUUCUGCUGAUUAAACAUUUAUUUCUUUUUUUUGUACUGUGCCGCCUGUCAGUGAAUGGAAUAGGGGCGCCGCUGAUCACUCAGUCCCAUCUGCUCUAUUGAAUGAAGCUUGUUUUAGAAAACUGCAGCUUUGUUUAUCUUUUUCUUAAGGCUUGAUUUUUGAAAUUCCUCCUCAUUGUUAUCAUCUCUGCUUGCUGUCGGUGAAUACAGGCACUGUUCAUUUUCCGAGGCUGAAGACCCUUCUGACCGUCUCCAAAUGACUCGGGUGCUUGUACGUCGGAGCUUUCUUUUGCAGUGAGCCCUUCUGAUCUUGACCAGGUUUUCGUUCUCUGACAGCAAGCAGAGCUAUUACUGCACAAGGUAUCGAGGCCUCUCGCCUCUGAACAUUCACUUGGCUUAAGACAGAAGAUUAUAGUGGAGGAGGGGGAUGCAGCUGCAGGAUGAUAUGAGCUGUGCUAGUAGGGAGACAUCUGAUUGGCCCAGCACAGCUGUGACAUCACACCAGGAGCCCGCCCACCCCGCGGACGGGGAGAGAGGGAAUGUGCGUUUUCUUCCUAAUACAGCGCCACCCCUGUCCACAGGUAUGCAUGGCAUGCAAGAGUUAAAAAUACAUAGAUGACUGCUCUCUUCCAGAAACAGCGCCACAUCUGUUCUUAGGCCAUUGCUGGUAUUACAGCCUUUGUUUAACCCCCUCAGCCCCGCUAGCUGAAACACCCUUAAUGACCAGGCCACUUUUUACACUUCUGCACUACACUACUGUCACCGUUUAUCGCUCGGUCAUGCAACUUACCACCCA